CGCCUGGGCCGACAUCUCGGACGGCGCCAGCCGCGUGCCUGCUCCAGCCCGGUGCGCGCUGCAGCGCGUACCAGUGCGCGUGCGGACGCGCGCGUCGGGCUGGGUCUGGUGCACGGCCAGCGUCGUCCGCGCAUCGUCUACGACCUGGCCGUGGAGCUGGGGGACGAGUUCCGCUGGAGCGCCCUGGUCUUCAGGGCCAAGAGGCACCUCGGCGCGGCGCUGCAGUGCGCGAAGGAGGGGCGCGGAAUGAGCGGCCUCGGCCUGUGGGCGACCGCCUUCAGGUGGCUGGCCGGGACGAGCGAUGCGUCCGCGCUCAAGCUGGACGGCCUGUCGAACGCCGCUGAGACCCACCUCUGGACGGCCCUCUCGGCCUGGGUCUCGGUGGAGGCGUUUGCCAGAACAGGUCGAUCGGGCACGAUCUUCAGAUGGCUUGUUCCUCGCGACUUCCUGGAGGAGUGGGG